AUGAAUAACUACUUGGCUACGUGCAAUAUUUGUCGUAAACGGCUUAAGACAUCUGGAAAUACGUCCAAUUUACGUAGCCAUAUGAAAACGCACAAUAAAUCGACAUCCCAAGGCCAAAAUACCCAAAAUACCCAAGAUGAAGACCACCCAAUCAAUGUUGACGCAGAUAUAAGCGAAUCUUCUAGUAUUGCAACUACCAGUACAUCUGAAGCUGCUUCUACUUCUGGAACUACUUCAGAACCAAUCAAACGACAACAGUCAAUUUCACAAGCUUUUACGAAAGUAGCUUCAUUUUUGGAUGGUGGAUCUCAACAUUCUAUAUGUACUGAAGCUGUUAUAUAUUACAUUUGCAAAGAUAAUCAACCAUUUAGUACGGUCGAUGAAAAAAUCGAAAAUGCAGAAAAUAUAUCAGUUACAACUGAUGCUUGGACUGAUACUUAUACUAUGAAAAGUUUUUUAGGAAUCACAAUCCACUUCUUGAAUGGUUUGACUUUUUUGCCAGGUACACUUGGUGUAGUAGAAUUGACUCAAUCUCAUACUGCUGACUAUAUAGGAAGUCAACUUCUAAUUACAUUGAGUAAUUGGAAUAUUAAUAAAAAAAAUAUUGCAGCUGUCGUCACUGAUAAUGGGGCCAAUAUGGUAAAAGCAAUUUAUGACCAGUUUGGAAAAGGGAAUCAUAUUCCUUGUUUUGCCCACACGAUUAACCUUGUUGUUGAGAAUUCAAUCUCAAAUUCUGAGGAGUUUAAACAAUUAUUGCACAAAGUCAGAGAGGUAGUUAAGUACUUUAAACGGAGUACUUCAGCAUCUGAUGAAUUAAGAAAAUUGCAAAUAAAUGAAGGAAAAAAGGAAGGAAAUGUCCAUAAGCUUAUAUUAGAUGUGAAGACAAGGUGGAACAGCACUUUUUAUAUGCUUGAUAGAUUUUUAAUAUUGUCUAAACUCGUUUCUGAUGUUCUUUUGCAAAAACCAUCAGGUCCUGAAAUGCUCACAGCAAGAGAGCUACAACAAUUGCGUGAAACAAUAAAAUUACUUCGGCCAUUUGAGAAAGUUACUCUGGAAAUAUCUGGUGAAAAAUAUGUAGUUAUCAGUAAAAUUAUGCCACUUUUGAAUUGUGUUACUAUUGAAAUAGAAUCAUUACAACUUACGUUGGAUAUUGGGAUUGAACUAAAAAGAAACAUUAUUACAGAAUUGAAAAAACGGUUUAGUAAAAUUGAGUUUUUUAAUAUGUUUCCAAUAGCUACAAUUUUAGACCCUAGGUUUAAAAAUGUACACUUCAGAGAUCCUGUAGCCUGUCAACAAGCUAUAGUAGAGCUAAAAAAGUUGGCCAAAAGUUCAAUACAGGAAGCAAGCUCGACUGAUUGUUCAAGUGUUGACGAAGAACAGCAAUCUGAUAAUUUUGAUUUAUGGGAACACCAUAAAACAUUAGUACAUAAGAAAUAUAAAAGAAAACAAACAAGAACAGAUUUGUCAGAAACUACCAAUGUAAAUGCCUACUUAUCACAGCCUUUAAUUUCUUUAAAAGAAGAUCCAGUUCAAUGCUGGGAAGAUAUGAAAACUGUGUAUCCAGAUUUAUAUGUACUUGCUCGGAAAUAUUUGUCCAUCAUGGGUUCGUCUGUUCCUUCGGAAAGAUUAUUUUCAAAGGCUAGUUUAACGCUUUCAAAAUCAAGGAAUAGACUGUUAGGAAAGAGAUUGAGUAAAUUACUUUUUUUAAACUCCAUUGAUGAUGAUCUUUGGUUCCAAACUUAA